AUGGAUAACUACAUUGGUCACUGCAACUGUGGUUCCAUCAAGGUGGUGUUGAAGAAGAAGCCGGAGCAAGUCGUUGUUUGCCAUUGCUCGAACUGCAAGCGUGCGGGUGGCCCAUUUUCCAUGAACCUUUUCAUUGAUGACGGCCAAUGGGAAAUUGAGGAUGAAAAGAAGACUCUGUCAGAGUACCUUGACCACAACACCAAUUCCGGAAACACGGUGCACCGAUUCUUUUGCAAGAACUGCGGAAGCCCCAUCAAAACCACUUCGCCUUCCAUCCCGGACAAGGCUCUGAUUAAGGCGUCUCUGUUUGAUGAUAUUCCCACCAACAAGAAAGAGGUUUACUCCGAACAGGCAUUACAUUGGAACCAAUAG